AUGAACGGGGCCCUCUGUCACGGUAGAAGUAUUCGGGUUAACCGAUCGCAUAGCAGCCGUGCUGCUGCUGCUGCUGCUGCUGCUGCUGCUGCUGCUGGCCCUGCAGCAGCAGCAGCAGCAGCAGCAGCAGCAGCAGCAGGGGGAGGAGGGUCUUGGUAUAAUAGAACAGAUGCUUCUUUGUGCUCAGCACUAGAAAAGAUAUUCAAUGCAACAGCAAGAGAAGCGCAGCAAAGAGCAGCAGCUUGCUGCCCUUGUCCUUCUCUCAGCAAGCGUAAACGGGGUGUACAUACACCUGCUGCUGCUGGUGCUGCUGCUGGUACUGCUGCUGCUGCUGAAGCAGCAGCAAGGAAGAUUAUCAUUCGGGGCCUAGAUGCACAUUGUACAGAAAAUGCGCUGUACAGACACUUCAUCCCCUUUGGAGACAUUAUAGAGACACGUUUAGGUGCAGGCAGCAAGGGGACAGUUAUAUUUGUAGAUGCAGCAGCAGCAGCAAAUGCGCAGCAAUGUAUGGAUGGGGCUGCAUUAGGGACAGCUCGAAUCUCAGUAGAACUUGCUUCUGCUGCUGCUGCUUCUGCUGCUGCAGAAGAAGACGGGUGCAGCAGAGGGAAACGAUGGCAUGGCAGCUCAGCAGCAGCAGCAGCAGCACCAGCAGCAGCAGCAGCAGCAAUAGCAACAGCACCAGCAGCAGCAGAGACAGUCUCGUGGCAGGAAGAUACCUCCCGUCUCAAUCUUUCUUUAUAUCAACAGCAGCAGCAACAGCAGCAGCAGCAGCUGCUGCUCCUGCAGCAGCAAUUCCUGCAGCAGCAGCAGCAGCAGGCUUUGCAGUACGCGCAGCAUUAUCAGCAGCAGCAAGAGGCUGCAUGGAGGAGAAGGGAGACAGGAGACACCAUAGAGGGUGAAGAGACAGCAGCAAAAGAAGCUAAACUGUCCGGGGGUUUGUUAUUUGACACAGACCCUUGUCUUAUUCCUUCUGAAUUGCUAUCAAGGUGCAUGUACACCGCAACAGCAAUAGAAAUGCAGCAUACAAUGGAGAGACAUAUAUAUAAUACUCUGCUACCUUGUCAGUUGUCUCUACCAAGGGGAAAAGGAGACACUUUUGCUGCUGUCUCCAUUGAGGACGAGCUUGCUGCUGCUGGUGCUGCUCUUGCUGCAGCACUACGCAGCAAACUGCAGCAGAAGGUUCUUAAAGGCCUGCCGCUGCACCCCCCUGAAUUAGAACAGCUUUAUGUAGAGGAGACAGAAGUGGAGACAGCACCAUUUCUCUUUUAA